AUGGAUACUGGAAUAAGAGGUAAUCUACCGAGUAAUGUUUUUCUUCUGCCAAAUAUGCGAGUUCUCUUCUUAGGUGGCAAUGAGAAUCUUACUGUUAGUUUACCUAAGUUGAACUGCAGCAUUUCAAAUUCUCUGAGGCAGUUGGACCUAUCGCGUACAAGUUUCUCCUCUGCGUUGCCAGAUUUAAUUGGGUGCAUAGGGUUCUUAAAUCAUUUGGAUCUAAGUUAUUGUCAAAUUUUCGGUGUCAUUCCUGAAUCAAUUGGCAACCUUACACAGCUUACUGAAUUGCAUCUGGACGAUAACUAUCUUCGAGGUAAUAUUCCAGACAAAUUUUCCAUUUCACAAAAGAUAAGUAGGCUGUCACUUGGUCAUAAUUUAUUGUCCGGGAACAUUCCGAUCUCACUUCUCAACCUUAAGCAUCUUGAACAUUUAGAUCUCUCCAGUAAUCAACUAAGCGGUUCAAUUCCUCCAUCAAUUUUUACCAUUCCGGCCCUAUCCUACCUUGACCUUUCAUCUAACUUUUUUACGGGGGUAAGGCAAGACUUGUAUGUGGACUCCAAUAAGCUUCAAAACAACGCUUUUAACAGUGAAGCACCAUGGAACACUACAAACAAUGUGAGCAUUUCCUAUCCAGAUUUCCGGGUCUUGGGAUUGUCAUCUUGCCAGAUAAAGGAGUUUCCAGAGUUUCUUAGAAAUUCAGGGAGUUUAGAAUUUUUGGACCUCUCAAAUAACAUGAUUCGCAGCAAAAUUCCAAGCUGGUUCAUGUCUAAGACUUUGGAUCAGUUGUUCUACUUGAGCCUUUCACAUAACUUUUUGACCGGUACCAUAGACCCACUGCCUGUUACUCCAGAUCUAUAUUCUCUAGAUGUGAGUUCCAACUCACUUCAGGGCCCAAUACUACCUUCUAUCUGUAACUCAAGUCUUCUUAGUAUUCUUGAUUUGUCAAAUAACAAUUUGUCUGGCCCAAUUCCUCGAUGCUUGGGAAACUCCAGCCAGUAUCUAGACACUAUGGAUUUGCGAAAUAAUAGGCUUUUUGACACCAUUCCCACAACAAUAUGA